AAUUGCGAGUACAUAAUGAUUGCGUUCAGGCGAUUCCUCAACAAGAAGGCCCUCAGGGCGGUCUCCGGGGAGUUCCUGGCGACCCUGCUGUUCGUCAUGCUCGGCCUGGGCUCGACUAUAAACUGGGAGGCGUCCAAGGAGGAGCCGCAGGUGUACCCGCACCCCGCCAGCCAGCUUGUGAUCUCGCUCUGCUUCGGGCUCAGCUUCGCCACCAUGGUGCAGGGCUUCAGCAAAAUCAGCGGGGCGCACACCAACCCCGCCAUCACCCUGUCCAUGGUCUUCACCCGCCAAGUCGGCCUGGUCAAGGCCUUCUGCUACGUGGUCGCUCAGUGCCUUGGGGCCAUCACGGGCAGUGGGAUCCUGUACGUGCUGACGCCCAAGACCUUGAGGGGGCAAUUCGGAGUGACCAGGCACAGUUCCAAAGUCACGAUGCUUCAGGGCUUCAUACUGGAGCUGUUGAUCACGUUCCAGCUAGUCUUCACUGUGCUUGCCACCUGUGACCCCAAGAGCAGCAAAAUCAAGGACACAGCUUCUCUUGCUGUUGGUUUCUCCCUAUCCGUCGGCCACCUGUUUGCGCUCCCAUACACCGGAGCCAGCAUGAACCCCGCUCGCUCCCUUGGCCCCGCAGUCGUCACCGGGAACUGGCAAAACCACUGGGUGUACUGGGUGGGUCCCAUUCUGGGUGGAAUCAUUGCCGCUGCACUGCACAAGUUCCUCCGCCAAGCCACCCCGAAGGACGCCACCGUGGACACCGGGGAGAAGUACAAAGAGGAGGCGGAGCCUUUCCAGGCCAUCGAGAUGGAGAAGGCCGAAAACAACGAGGCAGGGCCCUUUGACGACAUCGCUGCAGAGACGGAUGAGAACAUGCAACCACAGGCUCUGAACGGCAUCACCAUGGAGAGCCCAGAGAAUAACGGCCUGAAUGCUUUCGACAACAACGACCCGUUUGGUGGAAUGCUGCCUGCAAGGCCACCAAGAGCAUCAGAGAUGACCACCAAAGAUUCUGACUUAUACAUCUGA